AUGACCCAACACCGACGUACGCCCACACCCACAACUUCUCAUCGUUAUCGAUUGGCUCCUCAACCGAAAGUGUCGACUUCGUCUCAGCCAGCAGGAACGCAUCGCAUCACAGGAAUGGGCGCAGGUCAGUCUAUUCAAACCAAACCCGAGUUACAAGAGCCAGGACCAGGCGCCAAACCUUCUCAAGGGGUAUUUAUUGCCGUGAUGGGAGCUACUGGCAGUGGCAAAACGAGCUUCAUUAACGUGGCUAGUGGCUCCGCACUGCGCGUCGGAUCAGGCCUCACGUCAUGUACGGACGCUGUUCAAACUUCAGAGCCUUUCUGGCUCGAAAACCGACUAGUUCGUCUGAUAGAUACGCCUGGGUUCGAUGAUACAGCGAAGACCGACACCGAAGUGUUGACUAUGAUCGCAGCCUUUCUUUCCAGCAUGUAUCGACGCGGCGUGAUGCUAUCCGGAGCCAUCUACAUUCACCGCAUCUCAGAUAUUCGCAUGGGCGGCACCUCAACCCGAAAUUUCAAGCUGUUCAGAGGAUUAUGUGGCGAAACCAUGCUGCGGAAUGUUGUCAUUGUUACGAACAUGUGGGGUGAAGUUACUCUCGAUCCUGUGCUAGAGCGGGGUGCGCAGCUUAAGCGCCACUACGACACACCCGCGUCGGCCCACGCUAUCGUUGGCUGUGUCGCGUCCAAGACGCCUCGGGCCUUGCGCAUUCAGAGGGAGUUAGUGGAUGAGCAAAGGGUUAUCACAGAGACUACCGCUGGUGCAGAGCUGGGCCGCGAAUUGCACGAACAGGCGAUGAAAUUCAAGGAAGAACGGCGGCGGCUGCAGGAUGAGAUGGAUGAAGCAUUAAGGCAAAAGGACGACCAGGCUCGAGAGGAACUCGAGCAAGCAACGGCCGAGUUGGAUCAAGAAAUGCUGCGUGUCCAAACUGACUCACAACAGCUAGCGUCGUGCUACGCUAGCGAUAAAGCAAGGCUCAAGAAGAUGCAACAAGACCUUGAGACCGCGGCUCAGCAAGAAAGCGAACGACAAGCUGCGGAGCACAGAAGGAGGAUGGCCGAUAUCGAUGACAGGAUAAGGCGCACACCAGAGUCGGAAUCAAGGGAGACAAUGCAUCUGGCGGCACGUCUGCGACGUUUACAACGGCAGCAAGCUGAACCAGCUCGGCGGCGACCUCGACGGGGGCUAUGGGACGAUUUCUUGGAUUUCUUGUCAGUGGGCCAGCACUAG